AUGGACUGCUACGUGCCGAAUAACCCGCAGUAUGUGGCCGACUUCUGUUCGCUUCAGGAGCCGGCACAUGCCCACCACUGCUGUGAGCAGGAGGCCACAUGCUGCGAGGACAGCGAGGAGCUGAGCGCGCUGCAUGAGUCGCUAGACGCGUGCGCGCUGGGCGCCGACAGCUGGGCGCCGGACGAGAUGGGCUCGUUCUCGCUGCCCGCGCUGGAGCUCGAGCCGCUGCCGUCGCUGUUCCCGUUCUCGCCGCCGUCUCACUACAACAGGAACAGCGGGGAGUGCCGCGAGCGCGGGGGGGACGCGGCCGACGUGCUGCUGUCCCUCAAGCAUGCCGUCGUGCACGGGGAGUGCAACUCCGAUCCCGUGCAUCCGCAGAUGAUGAUGAACAACGGCGGCUACCCGUACUACGAGCACUACAGCGCGCCGCCGCUGUUCCCCACCAUGAGCGUGAACGUGUCCAUGAACAUGACCAUGCACGGCUGUCCGCCCGACCAGCUGUGUCCGCAGGUGCAAUGGAACCAGAACGCGUCAUCACCGGCAGUGAACGUCGUCUACCCUCAACCACAGAACGUCAUCAGCCCCACCUCCUACCCUUCCGCCACCUACUCCUUCACAGCAGACUUCAGGACCCCCAACCAAUCAGAUCCUCUCAUCACAGCCACUUCCACAUUCAAACCUCUGCAACUACCAAACCAAAAACCCAACCAGAACUACUUAUUCCAAAAACAAUCAAACUUCAACAACCAGAAGGUUUUAAGUCAAACAUUGAAGCGACCGCCGUCGAAGAUGUAUGAAGGACAGAAGUUGGAACAGAAUAUGGGGAGUGGGUACACGAUACUGAAUGAUGAACAGAUGCAUCAGGACUAUGGGUAUUCGUGUAUCAACUCUUCUGGGAAGGUUCAGGUGGGCUCGCUCAGUGGCUGCUCAGAAGACGACGAGCAAAAGCCCAACCUGUGCCGCAUCUGUGGCAAGACCUACGCGCGGCCGAGCACACUCAAGACUCACUUACGAACUCACAGCGGGGAGCGGCCGUAUAGAUGUGGGGACUGCAAUAAGAGCUUCUCGCAAGCUGCUAACCUGACGGCGCAUGUGCGGACGCAUACUGGGCAGAAGCCUUUUAGGUGUCCCAUAUGCGAUAGAAGGUUUAGCCAAAGCUCGAGUGUAACGACGCACAUGAGGACACAUUCAGGAGAGCGGCCGUACCAGUGCAGAUCGUGUAAAAAAGCAUUCUCCGAUAGUUCCACUUUGACGAAGCAUUUAAGAAUACACUCCGGGGAAAAACCUUAUCAAUGCAAACUCUGUUUACUUAGGUUCUCCCAAUCCGGCAACCUGAACCGUCACAUGAGGGUGCACGGAAACCUCUCCGGAGGCAUGCUCGGCUGACCCCUGCCGCGGUGCGGGUUGCCCGCUGUCUACUUCUGAUCUCCUAGUCCUUGCUCUUUCGUGCCAUAGAGGCAGUAAAACGCGCGCCAUGCGUCAAUGUUCACAAGAUGGCGGAAAGGAUUGUGAACAAAAUGGCGGCAGUAUUGCCAUAGGAUAAAAA